AGAUGAAAUUCGUGUCCUGUUGGGUUGAUGUGUUCAAUGACGAUGAAAAUACUUAGUGACAAAACUUGCUACGCAUGAAUAAAUCCAAUUCCAAUUGCAAUUGAUUCUUCCCGGUUCUUGAUAUCGUAAUCUUUCACUUGAUGAACAACGACCAGUGUGGUGUUUGUAUUUUUAUGGUGACGAAAGGUAAGAGUAAGAGGUAUUGUCCUAGCAUAAUUUCCAGCGUAGUUUGUACAAAGAUAAACAUAGUUCGAAAAUGAAGAAGGGCUUCCUGCUCGGAGCUGGUCGUGGUGCAAAAUCUCCUGCCGCAAAAUCAAGGAAAGCGAGCCAAUCCGGUCCAUCACAAGAAGAAGCAACAGCCCCACCUCCGGUGGGUGCUCCAACGAUCGGUGCUGAACGUAAAGUCAACCAGACGACGACUGGUCCUCGGUCCGAUCUCUCACUCGAGAAGCGGCGGGAGGGCGCUGAAUACAUCAUGGACAUGUUACUGGUCUACAUGAGGGAGGACGUGUUUCCUCCCGAACAUGAGGAGCGAAUUUACGGAAUACGGGCGUGCGCGGGCCCUGGUGAAUCGACGCAGAUGGCAGUCAGUGAUGCGCUCGGAGAGACCAACGGAAUGUGGCUCGGCGAAGUCGUUUUGAGUGCAUGGAGAACGCUCUAUUUGCACAACCAGCUGCAGAAAGAGGAGUUCGUCGACGCGAUCCUGGAUAACCAGCUCCCGGAACUGUUUCAGAAGAAAAUCGAGAACAACGGAAGACCGCUCAGUUACUACAGCAAGGCGUUGAUCGACGGCAACGCGUUCUCGAAGAUCGAUUGGGACCGGGUUGUGUUACACCGACUUGGAAGUCCGCCUGCGUCGGCACUGAUUCUGGCCAAGAACAGCAUCAACUCCUCCGUGAACCCCGCAGAUUUCAAAUCGCACCUGCGCCUGCCGCCCGCGGUACUGUGCAACUGUGUCCGCGAGAGCCCGCAUGAGUCGCAAAUGGUCGUCGAAGAGAGAGCGCACAAUAUGGAGGAGGUUUUCCGGAAAAUGGGUGUGUCCGUGGCGCGGGAGGUGCCAUUUUGGGACAAGCAGUAUGAAGGGUCGCGGCUCCACGAUUACCUGGCGAGUAUUUUCGGCCCGAAUGCGACCAUGCAGAAACAAAUGUGGUGGUUGCAGAACUGCGGUUUGUGCGCUGCCCCGGAUGAUGUGCUUAGGGGAGAGGAGUUGUGUGUUGCCCACGAUUCCGUAGAAAAAAUCGUCCGGCUGCUGAAGUAGCAUAUUGAAAAAUUGGCUUCGUCACAACAUUCCACAUCCAGCACUCUGUUCUCAUUCUUCACCGACGAAAUUCAAAUUCCAUUUCCAACCUGAAUUGAGAACUAUCACUAUGCUCGAAUGAUGAAAACUAAAAACAAAAAGCAUGUCGUGAGUUCUGCGUGCAUGAAGAAUCAGAAUCAUCUGAGCAAUUAUUAGCAGAAAACGCGGACCAUCAAAGUGGUUGUACAGAAUUUUUUUUUCAAGUUCCAAGAUGAAUCCCUCCAAAUACAUCGACCUUGAAC